ACAAACCCAGUGGGACCCUCCUACCUGGGACAGCCCAGGGGAUGACGCCAGCCUUGAACACGAAGCAGAAAUGGACCUCGGGACCCCGACGUACGACGAAAACCCCAUGAAGUCUUCCAAGAAGCCCAAGACAGCAGAGGCCGACACGUCCAGCGAGCUGGCCAAGAAGAGCAAGGAGGUGUUCAGGAAAGAGAUGUCGCAGUUCAUCGUGCAGUGCUUGAACCCCUACCGCAAACCCGACUGCAAGGCCGGGCGCAUCACCACCACCGAGGACUUCAAACAUCUGGCGCGCAAG